AUGUUCAAUCCGAUGAACCCACCUGUUAACAGCUACAUGGAACAUUGCUACCUUCGGCCUCUCCAUGGGCAAGGCCAACCUAGUGCCAUGGUAGAAGGCAUCAGUGAUUUACCAUACUAUCACCAAAGCAACUCAGUGGGGAAUCACCAUACCUACGGAUUGGUACCUGGAGGUGAACAUCCUUCUCAUACUGAUGGUAGUCGUUUUUCUACACCCCGGAGCACAGCCAAGCUGACCAAAAAGCGGGCCCUGUCCAUCUCGCCACUCUCCGAUGCCAGCAUUGACCUGCAAACUGUCAUCCGCACCUCUCCCAAUUCUCUGGUGGCUUACAUCAACUCUCGCUGUGCUUCAGCUGGGGGCUCCUAUGGGCACCUCUCCAUCGGUGCUGUCAGCCCUUCCCUUGGGUUCCAGAAACCUCAAGGCAUGUCCUUUGGCCACAACCCCACAACAGUUCCCUGUGGGCCUCAUGAACACGUGACUGGCCGGCCGGGGAUGAUGCACCAUAUGCCACCCCCACGUGGGAUGCUAAAGCACUGCCAGCUGAAGUCAGAGUCCAGCCUGGGCAGCCCGCUGGAUGCCCUGAGCACCAAGUGCCUGGAGGAGUGCUCGGAGGGUGACAUUUCCAGCCCUGCCUCUACGGGGACACAGGACCCCCUACUAAGUGUGCUUGAUCCACGAGAUGAAUUGGAAAAGGAAGACGGGAAGGUAGAAGCCGAAGCAGUAUACGAAACCAAUUGCCACUGGGAAGGAUGCACUAAAGAGUUUGACACUCAGGAACAGCUAGUGCAUCAUAUUAACAAUGAGCAUAUCCAUGGGGAAAAGAAGGAAUUUGUGUGCCACUGGCACGACUGCUCACGGGAACAACGACCCUUCAAAGCUCAGUAUAUGCUGGUCGUCCACAUGAGACGUCAUACGGGAGAAAAACCUCAUAAGUGCACAUUUGAAGGCUGCAAUAAGGCCUACUCACGGCUGGAGAACCUCAAGACGCACUUGCGCUCCCAUACUGGCGAGAAGCCUUAUGUUUGCGAGCACGAAGGCUGCAAUAAAGCUUUCUCUAACGCUUCUGACAGGGCCAAGCACCAAAACCGGACACAUUCCAAUGAGAAACCCUACGUCUGUAAGAUUCCCGGCUGCACCAAACGCUACACCGAUCCCAGCUCACUCCGGAAACAUGUCAAGACAGUGCAUGGCCCAGAUGCUCACGUCACCAAGAAGCACCGUGGAGAUACUGUACCCACCAGUCGGACUCUGGCUCUGCAUGGUGACAUGAAGCAGGAGAAAGAUAGUGAGGUCAGGAAGGAAGAGGGCAAACUCAUGGUACCUGAUUCUAAUUUGAAGCCGCAGCCCAGCCCUGGGGGUCAAUCGUCCUGCAGCAGUGAACGCUCCCCUUUGGGCAGCGCUAAUAAUAAUGACAGUGGCGUGGAGAUGAACGCAAACGUGGGGGGAAGCUUAGAGGACUUGUCCGCGUUGGAGGAACCAUCUGAGCCCAUGGGAACCUCUGGGCUCUCAGCACUGCACAAGCUGGAGAACCUGCGCAUUGACAAACUCAAGCAGCUGCGUAAGCCCCUCUCAAUGAAGGGGGUCAAGCUUCCUUCCAUCCCAGGGGCAGGUCCUGCAAGAGAGAUGCCUGGCUUGUGCGGGGCCCCCUCUGCAGCGGCUUCUCACCGGCGUGUUAUGGAGCUCUCAUCCAGUGACCUGCCUUCUCUAACUGUGGCAGGAGACAGACGAGGUAGCACUACCAGCACUGUCAGUUCAGCCUACACCGUCAGCCGUCGCUCUUCCAUGGUAUCACCCUAUCUGCCAGCCGGGGGUGCCCCCAAUGGAUUAGGCCCACCAGACAUGUAUGACCCUAUAUCCCCCGAUGCCUCAAGACGCUCUAGCGAGGCCAGCCAUUGCGGAGGACUUCCAGGGCUGGGUAACCUCACCCCAGCCCAACAGUACCGCCUCAAGGCCAAAUAUGCGGCAGCAACAGGUGGGCCACCCCCUACCCCUCUCCCCCAUAUGGACAGAGCUGCUCAGUCAAAUCUCAUAGGGGAUUAUUCUAGCUCCUGCUUGCCUCCUUUUGUGCCUGAGCACAGCACAAACAAUUACCAUGGUUACAGCAGCACUAGCAUUCUCCAUCCCCACCUGAGCCAUAGCGGCCGGCGAGCCAGCGACCCCACGCAGGCUGUGGCGGAAGCCCACCCGGUUCCACGAGUGCAAAGGUUUAAAAGCCUCAGCAACAUGAGCCCAGCAAGUGCAGGGAGAGCCGGUGGACAAGUGACAGGGGGCAGCGAGGCCAGCCUUCCCCACCAUCUCUUCUCCCCACGGCCACCAAGCAUCAGCGAGAAUGUUUUUCUGGAAGCUGCCGCUAUGGAGAGCGCCAUCCCGGCUGGGGAGUCGGAAGUGCUGGAGAUGGAAUCUUAUCUUACCUACCAGGACCGGAACUACCCAUACCAAACCACGGCCAUGGAGCCGCAAAGCAAUCUUGCUCAUCGUGGCACCUUGAAGCUGGUGGGUGAUUUGCAGAUGAGUCCAGUGACUCAGGAGCAGCUAGAAGGCGGUUUUGAGCAACCAGAUUACAUCCAGUCUCAGUGCCAGAUGAACGUGGCUUUCCACACUGCACGGCAGUGGGACAGCAAUAGCUCCGGGAUAAAUCCUGCAUCGAUCCCUGGCAUGGGGCAGUGCCACUCUACCCAGUAUCCAAUCCCUGAGGCUAAGCCCAUGGGAGCAGAGCCUGCCAAUCACGGCCGACAGGGGACAUUCCAGUUUGGCCAGGCACAUAUUAAAGCCGAGCAACAGUUCCAACCGGCGGCGGCUGCUCUCGCCUCCUGCCAGAGCAUGAAGCAGGCGUUAUACAACCAGUCUCAACCAGUCUGUGGAGAUGGCGGAUAUCAUCCCGAAAGCCAGCAGGGCUCUUGCUAUGGCGUGGGGCAGCCCCCGAGCAGGAGAUCACAGACCCCGAUGUUGCAAGUCAAGGAGAUGAUGGUACGGAGUUAUGUGCAAUCACAGCAAGCACUGAUGUGGGGGGAGCAGCCGGCCAGCAAUGUCAUGGAUGGCGCAGAGAAUGGUCAGAGCCAGCAACACCAGCCUUACCCUGGUGUAAAAUACCCAAGUUACCCUCCCAGGCCAUCGCCAGCUAUGGAAAACAAAGCACUUUCAAGCCCCAACAGCCAGUGUUAUAAUCCAAGGAUGGUCCCACAUCCACCUGGUGGACCAAAACCACUGAAUCGACAAAGCAACUUGAGUUAUCAAGCUAGCCUUUCUUAUGAAACCCCUGGUGAUGGUGGCUCCCACCAUAUGAUGCGCUUACCCCCUCUUCACGGUCCUGAAGAAACAGGCUUUCCCAUCCCAAUGCACGUGCCGCUGAGCAAAGCUUCUGGGCACAAGUUGAUGAAUACCCACCAAAGGCACCAUCAGCCCCCCAGCUGUGUGGCCGAGGAUCCCGGUGGGCCUUAUGCUCCUGGGCUGGAGGCCCCUAAAUCUGACUCUUUCUCUUAUCUACCCGAGGAGCAGGUGUCUAACAGUUUGGACACUCUGGACUUAGAAAACACCCACUUGGACUUCACCGCUAUCCUUGAUGACGCAGAGGCCCUUAGUCCUACCCCACCUGGGGGCCCAACCAACAUGGCGGUGGGGGAUAUGAAUUCCAUGCUGAACUCAUUAGCAGGGGAGAACCAGUUCCUUAAUACCCUUUCCUAG